ACAAUAUUUUCAUUAAGAAUAUCUUCUUCAAUUCAUGAUGCAUGUGUACUGUAUAUUAUUAUCCAAUAUAUUUCCCUUCCGGAAAACGUCUAUACCUUCUAAUACACCUAACAUCCCCGAAAUUGCCACCAAAAGUUACAUCAAAAUCCUUUAGCCCUGUCAAUUUUGUCAACCAAUCCGCGUCAGAUUCCCCAUUUGCACACUAUCAUGGAUUUAUUAAAAAUCCCCACCUAUAAAUAUCACUCACAAAUCACGUUUAUAUCUUCUCAUUUAUUAGACUCUCAUUAAUAAUUUCCUCUGUUCAUUUUGGUUGAGUUUCUUCAUACUCCUGUUAAAUCUUCAAGAGGGUUUUGGGCAAUUUUCAUUUUUGGUUAAUAUCGAUUAUUUGAUUCUCUGAUUUUUGAGGGAUACCCAAGUCUAAUCAUGUCUCAAAAUGGUGGAGUUAGCACUAGCAACGCAAUUUUUGAGAUUGCUGAUGAUGAUUUCUCAAGAUUUUCUGAGAAACCCAAACCCAUAAUCACAGAAAGGAAGCGAUCCUUUGAUGAGAAAUCCUUCAGUGAAUUGUCAAUUACAAUGUCCCCUAGACCCUUUUACAGGAAUUCAGAGAAUUCGUCUCGGGUUUUCGAGCCCGUUGACAGUAUAUAUUCAUCUGGUGGAAGGUCUGGUUUUGAUACACCAAGAUCAGAAAAUGGGUUUGAGACACAUCCUAUUGUUUCUGAAGCAUGGGAAGCAUUGAGGCGAUCGAUGGUUUACUUCAGGAAUGAGCCAGUUGGUACUAUUGCUGCUGUAGACCACUCUGAAGAAAAGCUUAAUUAUGAUCAGGUUUUUGUGAGAGACUUUGUUCCAAGUGCUUUGGCCUUUCUAAUGAAUGGAGAACCGGAUAUAGUGAAGAACUUUCUUAUCAAGACCCUCCGCCUCCAGUCAUGGGAGAAGAAGGUUGAUUUAUUCAAGCUAGGUGAAGGUGUCAUGCCUGCUAGUUUCAAAGUACAUCAUGAUGCUGUCAGGAACACUGAGACGUUGGUUGCUGAUUUUGGUGAGGCUGCCAUAGGAAGAGUAGCUCCUGUUGACUCUGGUUUCUGGUGGAUUAUCUUGCUACGUGCGUAUACGAAAUCAACUGGAGACUCUUCCCUGGCUGAUAAGCCAGAAUGCCAGAGGGGUAUUCGUCUUAUCUUGGGCAUAUGUCUUUCAGAAGGCUUUGAUACUUUCCCAACCCUUCUGUGUGCAGAUGGGUGCUGUAUGAUCGAUCGUAGAAUGGGUAUCUAUGGUUAUCCCAUUGAAAUCCAAGCCCUCUUCUUCAUGGCUUUAAGGUGUGCCUUGCAAUUGCUUAGGCCUGAGGGAGAAGGGAAAGAGUUCAUCCAGAGAAUUGUUGAGCGGCUUCAUGCCUUGAGCUAUCAUAUGAGAAACUACUUUUGGCUCGACUUGAAGCAACUCAACUGCAUCUAUCGCUUUAAAACUGAGGAGUAUUCCCACACAGCAGUCAACAAGUUCAAUGUGAUGCCGGAUUCUCUUGAAGACUGGGUAUUUGACUUCAUGCCUGUGAAGGGUGGUUACUUUAUUGGCAAUGUCAGCCCAGCAAGGAUGGAUUUCCGGUGGUUCUGCCUGGGGAAUUGUGUUGCUAUCUUGUCUUCUAUGGCAACCCCAGAGCAGGCUUCAGCAAUUAUGGAUCUUAUUGAAGCUCGAUGGGAUGAAUUGGUUGGUGAAAUGCCUCUUAAAAUCAGCUAUCCAGCUCUGGAGGGUCAUGAAUGGAAGAUAAUUACUGGAUAUGAUCCAAAAAAUACUCGGUGGAGUUACCACAAUGGUGGUUCAUGGCCAGUUCUACUAUGGCUUCUGACAGCUGCGUGCAUUAAGAGUGGAAGGCCACAGAUAGCAAAAAGAGCAAUUGAGCUUACUGAAGCCCGGUUGCUGAAGGAUGGAUGGCCUGAAUAUUAUGACGGUAAGACUGGUCGUUUCAUUGGGAAGCAAGCGCGUAAAAACCAAACUUGGUCUAUUGCAGGAUACUUAGUAGCAAAGAUGAUGUUGGAGGACCCUUCUCAUUUGGGUAUGGUCUCACUUGAGGAAGACAAACAGAUAUGUUCUCGUGUCAAAAGAUCUACAUCCUGGACUUGCUGACCAAAAUGUCCUGUAUUUACAUCUUUUUUCUUGCCAUUUUGUAUGAACAACUGAACAAUGGUGAUUGGGGGUGGAUGAUGUGCAUCUCUUCCUUUUUUCUACUUUGUUUUUUUUGAAUACGCCAUCGGUCUCCAAGUGAGGAUUUUUGGGCACUACAUUGUAUUCUCCAACUUGCCGGGUGAAGUAAAUUGUGGACAAAGGUCGAAUUCUUUCAAGAAAAUAUUUUCUUUUUUUGGCUUUUA